AAAUGUAGUAAACUAGAACAGUCUAUAGUUGAUAAGAGCCAGUUACUUACAUAAACCAAAUGAAAUAGUCACAUGGUUGGACAGGGAAAACGAAGAUGGCAUCAUCAGGGCCUGAUCAAUCCGGAAGGAACGUUUCAAGCAUUCCUGAUCCAUUAGAACAUGAGGUAAACGAAGCUUACAAGAAACGUGGUAUACCAGGUUUAAAAGAGGCCGUGGAAAGAAAACUAAAUUUAUGGAAGACGGUUCCUCUAAACAUUGCUAUUACAGGAGACAGUGGUGCUGGAAAAUCAUGCUACAUAAAUGCCUUACGUGGCAUGACAGCCGAUGAUAAGGAAGCUGCUCCAGUUGGAGUCGUUCAAACAACUGCCGAGGUUAAACAAUAUCCGCAUCCGGAACACAAAAACUUAAUACUUUGGGAUUUGCCGGGGGUAGGAACUCCAGAGUUUACCAGAGACAGCUAUCUUGCGAAAACAAAUUUUGAAAGAUACGAUUUCUUUCUGGUAUUCACAUCAUGUCGAUUUACAGAGAACGAUAUGUGGCUGGCUCAGCAGAUUAGGCAGACAGGAAAAAGCUUUUAUUUCAUCAGAACUAAAAUAGACUCUGAUAUAUCGAACAAUAAGCAAUCACAUCCAAGAACCCAUUCAAGGGUUCAGGUCUUGCAUACAGUACGUUCUGAUUGUAUGAACCAGUUGCAAAACAAAGGAUUUACAAACCCGGAAGUAUUCAUCAUCAGUAACUUUGAUGUAAACGAGUUUGACUUCGGACAAUUGUCGGAACGCCUCAUUCAAGAUGCUCCUGACAUCAAACGGGAAGCUUUAACACUUUCGUUAACCAUUCUUACCGAAAACAUAAUCAGAGCAAAAGAAAGUUAUCUAAGGAAAAGAAUAUUUAUAGUUUCCAUUGCAUCUGCUGCAGCUGCUGCAGUUCCAAUACCAGGCGUAGAAUAUGUCGUCGAUACCGCUAUACUACUGAAAGAAACUGAGUUUUAUCGCAAGCAGCUACGGCUCGAUAACACCUCUGUCCAAGAAAAUGCUGCAGCAUUAAAUAUUUCACUUAGCGAAUUGCAAAAGAGACUUAAUUUAGAAAGCCAGACAAUUCCUGGUACUGCUAGAGGACUUCUUGCUUUUUUUGUAAGCCUUCAACUAUCAACUAUAGCUAAAACCGUUCUAAAGGUUGCACUUCCGUUCGUCAGCUGGAAGAUUUCCUCCGGAUUGUCUUAUGGAGUCCAGGUGUUCUGUUUAAAUAACAUCUUAGAUAUUAUGGUAAAUGACGCAUUGCGUAUUAAUGCGGCAAUGAACAUCGUCUUUGCUAGAAAUACCAUGGAAGUUAUUCAAAGGACAUAAACUGAAGACAACAGAGAAGAUUCGUUGUUACUACUAUAAUACACAUUUUUUGAAUGUUUGUCAAGAUUAAAGCUACCUUAUUUGAAUGAACUGCAUUACUUUUAA